AUGAAUACGACCGAGAAACUUAUUGCUAUACAAAUAGACAGUUUAGAAACAAUGGAGAAAGCUCACGUGAACUACAAAAAGUCUCCAAAAGAAAGAAUUACACCAGGAUACGUACAAGGACGAUUAGAAACUUUAGAAAAUAACUAUAAGGAAUUCAAAAGCAUUCAUCAAAAGUUGAUUACCACAGUUUCAGAAGAAGACAAAUGCAAAUUAUCAUACUUUACGGAAGAUCUAUACGACACUUUUGAAGAACGUUAUUAUAUAUAUAAGGGUGAGUUGAAGACAGUUUUACACAAGUUUAGUACAGAAACGAGAGACAACAAAACAGAAAAUAGGUCAAACAAUCAAGCGUCGAUCAGUGACAUGAAAUUACCUCGUAUCACAAUCCCGAUGUUUAGCGGAGAUUACACAGAAUGGCAAUCUUUUUAUGAUUUAUUCACCACUUUGAUCCACAAGAAUAACUCCCUAAAUGACGUGCAACGUAUGCAUUAUCUAAAAGUUAGUCUGAAGGGUGACGCCGAAAUUCUUUUACGUCAAUUUCCCAUUACCGGCGAGAACUACAUACAAGCAUGGACCACUCUGAAGAAGCGUUAUGACAACAAAAGGUACAUUGCUAACUGUCAUUUUAAGAGGUUCUUCGGCCAAAAAGCAAUCGUUCAAGAAUCAGCCACCGCAUUAAAACAGCUGCUAGAUACAUCUGUCGAAUGUCUAAACGCACUAAAAAAUCUUAGCUUGCCUACAGCUGAAUGGGACGCUAUUGUAAUUCAUGUCAUAGUGUCAAAACUGGACCCUGAAACUCAUAAGCACUGGGAAAAGUUAGUCAAUGAUGACAUGGCAGUUUUUCCGACCUUUGAGAAAUUGAAGUCUUUUUUGGAAAAUCGAUUCAGAACUCUGGAGAUGGUGGAUCCAGUUAACAAGAAUCACAACCCAACAAAUCCCAAGACAUUUCAUGUGACAGCCGGCGGUGACAGCGGAGAUAUUCAAUGCGCAUUUUGCCAGGAAAGGCACCAUAUCUAUAAAUGUAAACAGUUUGCAAAUCAGGCAGUGGAUGAAAGGUACGUAUUUGUUAAAAAGAACAGGCUAUGUUUCAACUGUCUUAUACCAAAUCAUGUAGUAAAGCGAUGUAAACAAUGGAAGUCAUGUCAAUUAUGUAAAGGCCGACAUCAUUCGUUGAUACAUCAGAGUAUAAAACAAACAAAUAACGAUCAAAGGCAAAAAAACAAGAAAGUUUACAUGACUACAGAAGACUCAAAGUUAGCUGCACCUGUCAGAUCGAGUAGAGAGGAUCGUGUACGAAAUAUUCUAUUGCCCACAGCGCUCGUUGAUGUAGCAUCGGAGUGCGGACAACCAUUGGUCUGCAGAGCACUAAUCCAUAAAGGAUCCCAAACUUCGUUUGUCACAUCACGGGUAGCCGAGUUGUUAAGGAAGAAAACGGCAAAUGGCAAGGUGGAUUUACAAAUCUCGUCGAGGUAUACACCAGAUUUUACUUUAAAGGUAAAUGCUUAUGUUAUAAAUUCUUUUAAUGACAAUAUGCCAGCUAAGAAAAUCAAUUGCAACAUACUACCUCAACUCGAUAACAUUAAGUUGGCUGACCCCACCUUUAACACUCCAAGUGAGAUUGAUAUUCUCUUCGGGGCUGAUGUUUUUGGCAAAAUUAUUGACUGUGGACUUAAGAGAGGACAGGGCAAUAUUAUCGCUCAAUGUACACUCUUAGGUUGGAUUUUAACGGAUGACAUAAAUACAAAUUCUGCCAAUUUACAAACAACCAUAAGCUGUCCUAGCAUACUUCAAGUAAAAGAGGGUAAAGCAAGAUUCAAACAAAAAAUAAUGGAAGAGAUGCUAGCUUCAAGAAUUCGACCUCUAAACGCUAAAGCCAAAAACAAAGGUAGCAUUUUCUACAAUCCGAUGUAAUUAAGUUAAAUGUAUAGUUAGCGCAAG